CGACGACGAAAAAACCCCGCUCAACCGAAAAGAAAGGGCAGACAUCCUACCGCUCUUUCGAGAUCCCGGAGACUCUGUCAGCCUUUUGCCACCAGAAUGGGUUUUAUACACAGCGACGGACGGACCUGAACGUAUAAUAUAUAUAUAGAGAGUAGUCGUUAUCAAUACCCACUUCGGCACACAAUUGUUCAAAACCUUGCAACAGUCUCCACAACUUUUCGAUUUUCGAAGCUCUGGAAGUUGCGACCUCAGCACAGCUACUAGCAUCGAAGCUCGAAACCUGAGCACGAAUAUAUCGAACACAGCUUCCGUGCAAUCACGUCGUCGAAACUUCCGUCAUACAUCUAUUUGGCGAAAGCAGCUUCGACAACCGAACAACCGCUGCCUCGCCGACAGACCAAUAUGAGUGGGUUCAACCUCGCUCUUAAGCUGGCUGUCGGUGUGGCUUGCACCGUCGCAACGGGUGUGGUCGUUUCGUAUGGCCUUCAGUACCUCAUCGCGGACCACAAUGCGGUAGCUUCCAAGCGAGCUCUUCGCGAGCAGAAACGAAAGGCGUGGGAAUCGCUCAAAUCGAUCGAGGCGGAUUUGGAGAAAACGAUACAGCCGAGAUUGAACGUUGUGAGACAGGUUCUGGAGGGGACGGAUGGGAGCCUUGCGAGUAGCCCAAAGGCCGGGCCACAACAACGACCGGCGGUGUCGAGAACGAGCACAUCUGCAUCGAUCAGCUCUCCGACAAAAGCAGCAUCGCUUCCCAGAGCUUCGUCGCGAACUCCAUCCCCUACAUCUAAAGCACCGCGAUCAUCGCGCUCGCCAUCCUCCGCGUCCUGCGAAACUCUUAGUUCUUCCGAUGUGGACCGUCGCCUGCGAGACGUCGACAACUUGCUGUUACAAGUGUUGGAGAAGCUCGAUUCCGUCCGCCCGGCCGACGUUGCGGAUAAUGCCACGUCCACCGCAACAUCCCAGCAUUUUUCAAGUGCCUCAUCUUGGCCUAUACUAGGUCUGUUCACAUACUCUUCUGGGUCGGACGCCGCCAUUGAUCAGGAAGUAGCGCGAGUUGCCAACCGAGUAGUGGAAGGCGUGCGAAGCAAGAAGCGUGCUCUCGUCAAGCGCGCUCAGCAGCUGCUUGAUGAUGUUGAUAGCCUGUGUUCGCUCGCUGGAAUACCAUCUGUCGGCCGCCAGCAUGCGUCGAUUCAAUCCAUCUGAUCGAAAGAGUACAGAUUCCGCUUUCAUUCCGUCAUUUAUUCGACCUCAUCUAAACAUAUCGUAUACCUGACCUCUGCGUCCCGAUGUCAUAUCACUUUCAGCCGAAAUUGUCGUAAUCAUAUUUCUUGUCGUACCGUCUCUGUCGCUUCUGAAGAACCGUACUCCUAUCUAACAUAAAAUACAGCGGAUAGCGGUCUUUCACCAUCGCAUUGCACAGAGAAAGGAGGUCAAUUGAAAACCGCUGUUCUCCACGUGACG